CAACAUUCUGAUGGAGAGAAAUAAGAAAAUAACUCCUUCCUGCAGCUGAAGUAAACCCCCCCGCCCACAAUGAUCUAAUGGUUCAGUCCUGUCUCUAAACCUGAGACCAGAGUCGGUCCUCUACUGUCUCCACGGAUCAGCUUCACUUCACCAUGUCUGUCUCCAUUUAAUGGUGCUUUAUGUCUCCAGUGAUGGAGCCACGGAGGACCAUCAUCUUCCUCUUCUUAGUGAUUAGAUUGUCUGAAACUGAGGAGGUGAAGAAGAACCUGACAGGAACUGUGGGAGGAAACAUCACAAUACCUGACCCUGUGGUGGAGAGAGGAUUUCUGUCAUAUGGAGGAAAGCCUAUUGCUUCAGUGAGAGAAAGGAAAUAUGAGAUAGAAGAUGAGAUUUACAUGAACAGACUUCACUGGGACCAAACCACUGGACUCUUUACACUCACACGUCUGAAGAAGAACGACUCAGGAGUUUAUUAUGUUAACUCUAAAAAAGGAAGAGUUUUAUCUACAUCUUAUAAACUCUCAGUGUUUGACCCUGUCCCAUCUCCUGCAGUGGAAAAACUAAAUUUGAGCUCUGAGAGCUGCUCCCUGCUGUGUUCUGUGGCUGAAGAGACCACACUGUCCUGGUACAAAGACGAGGAGAUCAUGAACCAGAGCAGCUCUGCUGUCUCUCUGCUUCUCUCUGUACACGAGCAGGACUUCAGCUCUUCAUUCAGAUGUGUGGCUUCCAACCCUGCAGAGAAGAAGACUCUUCCAGUCGAUGUGACCAUGUUCUGUGGAGGAAAGAAGAGCCAAGGAUCAGACAACCCAGACCAAAGACAUCAUGUGAUUCUCAUUAUAAUCUGUGUUGUCGUUGCUGGUGUUGUUGGACUGGCUGCCUGGUUCAUCAAAUGCAAGUAUCUUAACCCAAAGAAGACAAUGAGUCAAACACAAGAUUGGGCGGACAUGAAGACAUACGUACAGUAUACCGACGUCAACGUAUGCAGACGCAGUCAGGGGGAGAAUUUCUCAGGUUCAUCUUGGACCAGUUGCUGUUAUCUGACAACAGUCUAUUAUAUGAACCCAAGCCUCCUUCAGGAACCUCUAAUGAGCAACUGAGUGAGUCCAUUAAUCUGAGCUGAUUAGAUUGAAACCAAGUGUUGACAACGUCAUCAUUACACAUUUAGUUGCGCCAGCACAGUGUGACAUAAACAAUGGACAGCAUGGAUGUCAGCGAGUCGAAUGUUAGAGUUGCUGUUUCAUGUAUUGCAAUUUUGUCCCUUUUGCAAAGUAUACAAACUCAGAGCAGACGGGAACAGAAAGGUCUGCCAUGUCACUAGACAAGCUGUGUAUAUAAACACAUGCGCAGUUCACAUCAUUAUUCCUAGAUCAGUGGGAUUUCCGAGAUCCAUGACGACCCAGGAAAAUGCAGGAUUUUCAUACACUGUGAAAGGCUUUAGCCUGUAGUGAGUCCACAGUGAACUCAUAGAUGCUAAUAUCUGCAGUUGCCAUUGUACACACAAACAUGUGUUGUGAAGAUCAGACUGAGACAAAUCCCUGAUUUAUUACAACCAAACCAGGAACUGAGUUUCAUCACAUGGACUCUAAAUUUAAUCCUAGAAGUUCACCUCUCUGAUAUGUAAUAUUGGCUCAUUUUCUUGAGGAAACAAACACACGAGUAUAAUAAUUCUAUUCUGUUUCAUGUGUUUGAUUGGAUUCUCUUUGUCCACUUUCAAGACCAUUGAUGUUUCGAGACAUUUUUAUGCAGAAAUUUAGUAAAUUCUGAAGUAGUCAGCCUUCAGAUUAUAAAAUAAUCAGCAUAGUCAAUAUAUACUUUUUUUUAAUGAACUCCACAGACUCCUCAGAUCUCUGUAAAAGUUUAAUUAAAUGGUGUUGCUUUUGAAGUAUAUUGUCCUCCUCCAAAGUUCAUCUCAUAUGUUCAUUGUCUGAAGGUGUUAGGGUUUGUUGGGUAGUACAAGCUGUUAAAUAUUAGAUGUGAGGAGAGUGUUGGAGCUGAACGAGAGGAGAUUCUGCAGUCGGCACCUGAAGCUCCUUCAAGAGUUUUUGACAUUAUUGUUUCAUGCAAUAAACAUUUUUUAAAUGUAAGAGAAGACUUGUCAGCGGUGAUCACUUCUUUAUAUCAACGCAUCAACAUACAACACUUUGUACAAGAUUCGCUUAUAUUUUAGUCUCUGUGCUGUGAAGUCAUUCCUUAUCAAAGUUAUUAAGUCACCAUUUUUAAACCAAUCACCAAGUUUACUUCCUGUUAAAAGAAAAGAAAAGAAAAGAAAAGAAAAGAAAAGAAAAGAAAAGAAAAGAAAAGAAAAGAAAAGAAAAGAAAAGAAAAGAUUCAUACUGGACAAAAACCCAUGGUUUGGCUGUCUUAAUAAAGGACACAACUCAAAGGACUGCAGAUACAAAGCAACCUGCAGCAUAUGUAAAAACAAUACAAAACACCACAUUCAUCUUCACUUUCUUGCUCUGUAGACAAAGGUGAUGGUGGGAGUACAUCCAUGAUAGUACCUGUGUGGCUCUCAUCAGUCACAACCCCUGAAACAGAGACAUUAAUAUAUGCUUUGUUAGAUACUCAAAGUAGCACCACAGUAGCAAAGUAGCAGAGGUAUGUGAGAAGAUGGGUGCAGGUUUAGAGCCAGUCAAGUUAAGCUUACCACUAUGAUGGGAAAAGAUUCCAUCUUUCAGAGUGACAAGGUUAGUAGUCUUAGAGGGUUUUCCUCACAUAGCUUUAUUAACUUGCCACCUACAUAUACCACAGAUUUCAUCCCACUUGAGCACUCACACAUACCUACAUACAUAAACACCUGAAUGCUAUAGCACAGGAAAUACCAGAGUUGUUAGAUUGUGAAGUUGGACUCAUAAUAGGCUAUGACUGUUGUAGAGCAUUAUUUGCAUUAUUAAGUGUAAGUGCCUAAUAUAAGCGCAGUGGCAUGCUGCGCUGCUGCUCACUCGUCUCUGCAGCAGGAUGCAGCAUGUGACAUCUGUGGCAAAACUGUGAAGAGUUGGUACAGGUACAGAGAGAGAAAAUGCAGAGCUUUAAGCACCGCUAAGCACUGUUGCUGUUGUAGUUGUAAUGAGAUAAGGUUAGCACUUAAACGCAUCACAGAAGAAUGGAGCAUAACUGACAAGGUUGCUGCAGUAGUGACAGACAAUGGCGCAAACAUAGUUGCUGUAGUGCACAAGACUGGAUGGAGGCACCAUCCAUGAUUUGCACAUACACUGAAUUUGAUUGUAAAGAACAGUUUAAAAACUGUCCCAGAAGUAGUGAAAGUGCUGAAAAAAUGCAGUGUGAUCGUGUCUUUUUUUCACCACAGUACACAGGCCACCAAGAAGCUCAGGGAUUUUUAAUGAUUAAAUC